AUGGAGCCAUGGAGCUUUGUCAACAAGUGGGUGAUGUUAGCCUCGCAGAUGCUCUUAGGUUUUGGAUUUGACUGUUGGACAGGUGAGUUCACUCAUGAUCUUUGUUGCGACUUGUCCCUUGGCGACCGCGGAAACCCCGAGUGCUGGGAUGCAUCGUUUACCUAUGAGCGCUGCUGUUGGAAUCAGCCUCCGGAUCAGACGCCGCAGCAUACGUAUGUAAGCCAGAAGUUGGAGGGUCAUUUCAGUGCGGUGAUUCGCGACCGGCAGGCGGCACUGGAGAGAGGCAUCUCGGAAUGUCAACGGCGGUGGGGCUGGGAUUUGAAUAUCCAGUGGGGUGCGCCUACUGGUAUCUUUCCUGAGUUCUCAGGGAUUCCCUUGAGGCACCAGGGAAAAGGCUGGGAUGGUCAGCAGCACGGUGACGCAAAUGGCUGUGUUGUCUUCCGUGGCAAAUUCUACUUGGUCCAGCUGGCUUUCGAAGGAAGCACUUCGCUCUCCAAGUCCUCUCAUAGUGUCCAUUUCGGCUUUUGCGCGCCCUUGGUUUGUUCCGUGAAAGAGGUGGUAGAUGAGCUUGUGCCAAGAUACACGCUGCAAGUUGCAGAUGCACGCCGCGUCAUGAUGAACAUCCAAUCCGUUCAUGCCUGGGAGUGGCCCCAUUUCUUGGACUUGGUGCAUCCCGAUGGGGAAGCACCCACACUCCGCGAGCGGAUUUUAGAGACCAACCAGGAAGUGCAAAUAUGCCUCAUCGCCGUGUUGUUGCUCCUCUUGGUUGCCACCCUCAGUGACUUCUGUGGAGCGCCAGGCCACCUGGUGAGCUCCUUCUCGUUGCUGCGGUCCUGGCAGGAUCUCUGGACCUGGUCUACCUUCCUCCUCGUCUGCUUGCACCUGGAGUUGGCACAGGUCAAUGAGCGCACUGAGAAGGGGACCUGGAACCUGCGGCUCUCCUUUGGUUUCCGAGCUGUGCUUUGCAUGACGGUGCUGACCCUGCACCUGGCGCUCUCAAAGAAGGAGGGAAGCUUUGUGGAGGUGUCUCGAAGAUGUGCAAUGAAGUUGACACGGAAGUUCUCAAGGUAUCUUCCCCUCAUCGCCUUGUCCGUCUGGUGGGACCGGGAAGGCUCCCGAUUCAUCUUGCCCGUUCGACCCUUGGCAUAUCUGGAUGGAACUCUUGGCACUGUGGAAGGCUCUAACUUGAGCUGGAGCUACUAUGCGGCCAAGCAUGGCUGUAAGGAGACAUUUUGGACUUGCGCACUGAGAUUUCAGAGCGUAAACUGGCAAGUGCGUGAUGCCAUCGAGCGUGCCCUUCUCUGCUUUGGAUUCUUGCUGCUGGAAGCUGCUGGCCUAAACUAUGCCGGUGCCCUUGAGUACGUUUUAUGGUGUGUUGGUCUGGCGUACUACUACGUGGACUACUUCCAUGAGCAGCUGAGACUAGACCUGAAUGGUUGGAACCACCAGUUGGCAUACCGGCUUGAGAACCCGGCUUUCUUGGGCAUCUUCUUUAUGUGCAGGCGAAUUGCAGCGGCUCUCCCAGAGACUCCGGCAUCUCUCAACUUCGUUCUUGUGGGCCUUGCUUGGCUCUGGUCAACGUGGAUCAACCGAGAAGACUAUGCAAUGUGGUGCCAGGAGCGCAACGUGAAAGACCCGUUGGGAGACUUGCCCUUAGUACUGGCCCUUUGCAUCCUAUUGAGGGCCGACAAGAAGGCAGGUGCCUCGGGUGCUUCUAGCUUCGCUCUCUUCUCCGGCUUCUGCUCUCGCCUGAGCUUCUGCAUCCUGGUUGCAGAACCCCCCCUCCAGUCCUUCCUGCAGAAGGGCUAUGCCAUCAAGGGUCAGCCGCUGCCAAAUUGCGAUCGUGUGGACCCUCUUGUGGAGCAGCUUUUGCUUGGCCCGGGGCUGCUGCUAGCGCAUGUGAUGUGCGGAUUGGCCUUGUUUAUGCUUGUACAGCGGCCCAUAGAGGCCUUCUUGGCACCCUUGCUGACCAGGGUGGCCCCUUUCCUCCAUCCCGUGGUUCCUCUUUACAUGGCAUUCCUGGUGAAAGAGGGACUACCGAGCUUGAGCGCCUUCCAGUAG